CAGGGGCGGACUGACCAUUUGGAAACUCAGGCACUGCCCGAGGGCCCGGGGUCAGUAGGGGGCCCCAUGAGAUGCCCCUGGCACCUUUUUCAUAGGCUUUUUUGAGUUUGGGCACGGACACAGGGGCCUCAUGAUCCCCUUUUGCCCGGGGGCCCCAUGAGUUGUCAGUCCGCCCCUGACUGACACUGUCUAUGAAAAAUGUGCUGUUCUCUAAUACCCAAAUAAGACAUUUCAAUUGGUGUAGUUAUACAGUACC